AUGUUGGCCAAAAGCUUGAAGAUUUUGUUUAGCAAAAAGAUGCUGACCACCUCAAUGUGCUUUUACUGUACUCUUGCCGUGGUGUUUCUCCUGGAAACAUACUUUCCCUUCACAGUUUUGGCUGCAGACAGGUAUAGCCGGGCUGAUUUCCCGGCCGAUUUUGUCUUUGGAGCUGGCUCUUCUGCCUAUCAGGUUGAAGGGGCUGCAUCUGAAGAUGGAAGGACUCCUAGCAUUUGGGAUACGUUUGCUCAUGCUGGUAAAUAUGAUGGGGCAACUGGAGAUGUAGCGUGUGAUAUGUACCACAAAUAUAAGGAAGAUGUUCAACUUAUGGUGAAUACAGGCCUGGAAGCCUUCAGAUUUUCCAUCUCUUGGUCCAGGCUUAUUCCUAAUGGAGAAGGACCUGUGAAUCCCAAAGCAGUGCAAUAUUACAACAGUCUUAUAAAUGAGAUUAUUAGCCAUGGUAUUCAACCACACGUUACACUUUUUCAUGAUGAUCUGCCACAGGCACUUGAGGACAAAUAUAGUGGCGUGCUUAGUAGGAAAUUCGUGAAAGACUUCACUGCGUAUGCUGAUGUGUGCUUCAAGGAAUUUGGCGACAGGGUUUCCCAUUGGACAACCUUUAAUGAAGCAAAUGUGUUCGUCUUGGGUGGUUAUGAUCUUGGUUUCCUGCCACCGUGCCAUUGCUCUAUACCAGGAAAAGUAGAUUGCGUUUUGGGCAACUCUUCCACAGAACCAUACAUCGCUGCUCAUAAUAUCUUGCUUGCACAUGCAUCUGCUGUGAAAUUGUAUCGAGAAAAGUAUAAGAAGAACCAACAUGGUUCAGUGGGACUAAAUAUCUUUAUCUAUUGGUUUACUGCUCAUACCAAUACGACAAAUGACAUCCUCGCAACUCAAAGAGCCUUUGAUUACUAUGUCGGUUGGUUCCUUAACCCUCUGUUUUUUGGGGACUAUCCCGACAUAAUGAAGAAGAACGCCGGCAGAAGACUUCCAGCAUUCACCAAAUCUGAAUCUAUUCUGGUAAAGGGUGCAAUUGAUUUUGUCGGGGUGAACCACUAUACUACAGUACCCGUGAUGGAUGAUUCCAGUAUCCCAAAACUUGAUGUUUCAGCUGACAUGGAAAUCAGACUCCUAUUUAGCAUAGUACCACAAGAAUCGUUUCGUGUGAUGUCAUCGGGUCUUUAUAACACACUUGAGUAUCUGAAGGAAGUAUAUGGCAAUCCCCCAAUCUAUAUCCAUGAAAAUGGUCAAUUUACACCACGGAAUGGAACGUUAAAUGAUACAUCAAGGGUGGAAUACUUGCAUGCCUACAUUGGAAGUUUGCUUGAUGCUUUGAGGAAUGGAUCGAACACAAAAGGAUACUUCGUAUGGUCCUUCUUAGAUGGUCUUGAGCUGCUGGAUGGAUACAAGUCAGCUUAUGGCCUAUACUAUGUGGAUUUAAAUGAUAAGGAGCUGAAAAGAUACCCAAAACUCUCAGCUCAUUGUGAAAUUGUUAGUCCUACUUUUUCUUAUUGGGAUAAUGGGAUUGGUUUGAUUAGUCUGUUGGAUAUAUAUCUUCCCUUCACAGUCUUGGCUGCGGACAGCUAUAGCCGGACUGAUUUCCCAGCCGAUUUUGUCUUCGGAGCUGGUUCUUCUGCCUAUCAGGUCGAAGGGGCUGCAUCCGAAGAUGGAAGGACUCCUAGCAUUUGGGAUACCUUUGCUCAUGCGGGUAAAUAUGAUGGGGCAACUGGAGACGUUGCGUCUGAUAUGUACCACAAAUACAAGGAAGAUGUUCAACUCAUGCUGAAUACGGGCCUGGAGGCCUUCAGAUUUUCCAUUUCUUGGUCCAGGCUUUUUCCUAAUGGAGAAGGACCUGUGAAUCCCAAAGCAGUGCAAUAUUACAACAGUCUCAUAAAUGAGAUUGUUAGCAAUGGUAUUCAACCACAUGUUACACUUUUUCAUGACGAUCUGCCACAGGCUCUGGAGGACAAAUAUAGUGGCGUUCUAAGUAGGAAAUUUGUGAAAGACUUCACUUCGUUUGCUGAUGCGUGCUUCAAGGAAUUCGGCGACAGGGUCUCCCAUUGGACAACCUUUAAUGAAGCGAAUGCGUUUAUCUUGGGUGGUUAUGAUCUUGGUUUUCUGCCACCAGGCCGUUGCUCUCUACCAGGAAGCAAUUACUGCGUUUUGGGUAACUCUUCCACGGAACCAUACAUUGCUGCUCAUAAUAUCUUGCUUGCACAUUCGUCUGCUGUGAAGUUGUAUCGAGAAAAGUACAAGAAAACUCAACAUGGGUCAGUUGGACUAAAUAUCUUAAUCCCUUGGUUUACUGCUGGUACUGAUAUGAAAAACGACAUCCUUGCAACUCAAAGAGGUCGUGAUUAUUACAUCGGUUGGUUCCUUGAUCCUCUGUUUUUCGGAGACUAUCCUGACAUAAUGAAGAAGAAUGCCGGCAGAAGACUUCCAGCUUUCACCAAAUCAGAAUCUAUGCUGGUUAAGGGUGCGAUUGACUUUGUAGGGGUGAACCAUUAUUAUACAAUGGCUGUGAUGGAUGGCGAUUCCAGUAUGCCAAGACUUGAUGUUUCAGCUGACAUGCAAAUCAGACUCCAAUUUACCAUACGACCAGAAGGCCAGUUUCCUGUGACACCUGCGGGCCUCCAUGACACUCUAGACUAUCUGAAGCAAGUUUAUGGCAAUCCUCCAAUCUAUAUCCAUGAAAAUGGUCAAAUUACAGAGCGCAAUGGAACCCUAAAUGACACAUCGAGGGUGGAUUACUUGCAAGCCUACAUUGGAGGUUUACUUGAUGCUUUGAGGAAUGGAUCAAACGCGAGAGGAUACUUCGUAUGGUCCUUCUUAGAUGGUCUGGAAUUACUAGAUGGAUACAAGUCGGCUUUUGGUUUAUACUAUGUGGAUUUGAAUGAUAAGGAGCUGAAAAGAUACCCAAAACUCUCAGCUCACUGCAAAGUGGUGGAUGAUUAUGUUAGAACUGACUUCCCUCCUGACUUUGUUUUUGGAUGUGGAACUUCUGCUUAUCAAGUUGAGGGAGCUGCAUUUGAAGAUGGGAGGACUCCAAGCAUUUGGGACACCUUUGCACAUUCUCAUCCCGAAGGCGGCAACGGAGAUGUUGCUUGUGAUGGAUAUCAUAAGUAUAAGGAAGACAUUAAACUCAUGGCUGAGAUGGGACUGGAGGCCUAUAGAUUCUCCAUCUCAUGGUCAAGACUCCUUCCAAAUGGAAGGGGACCAGUCAACCCGAAGGGAUUAGCCUACUAUAACAACCUUAUUAACGAACUAAUCAGCCAUGGAAUCAAACCAUAUGUUACCCUGUAUCACAUAGAUACACCACAGGUACUUGAAGAUGAAUAUGGGGGAUGGCUUAGUCGGAAGAUUGUGAAGGACUUUGCUGCAUAUGCCGAUGUAUGCUUCAAAGAAUUCGGGGACAGAGUUUUACAUUGGACUACUUUGAAUGAACCCAAUAUUUUUGCAUUGGGUGGUUAUGAUUCUAAUCAAAUGCCCCCUGGCCGGUGUUCCUAUCCAUUCGGGCAGGCCUGUACCAAGGGUAACUCAACAAUUGAGCCCUACAUUGCGCUUCAUAACAUGUUACUGGCGCACUCAACUGCUGUGAAAUUGUAUAAGAAACAGUACAAGGCGACGCAGCACGGUUUUGUGGGAAUAAAUGUGUACUCUUUUGGGAUUAAGCCAUGUACAGAUAGUACAGCCGAUGUUAUUGCUGCCCAAAGAGCUCUUGAUUACUAUAUUGGUUGGGUUGUCAACCCUUUGAUUUAUGGCGACUAUCCUGAUGUAAUGAAGAAGAACAGCGGUACCAGACUUCCAGCCUUCUCCGCAGCUGAGUCCAAGCUAGUUAAGGGCUCCUUUGACUUCUUUGGACUCAAUCAUUAUACUUCAUUUUGUGCUGAGGACCAUUCAAGCAGCCUUGAAAACGAGAUAAGGGAUGUUAAAGGAGACAUGGCUCUCGAGAUCAUACUUGAUGGAAAUGGUCAGUUUCCACCAGUUGAGUAUUCUGUAUUACCAUCAGGUUUAUAUUCAAAUCUGGAGUACUUCAAGGAAGCUUAUGGCAACCCGCCGAUUUUUAUCCAGGAAAAUGGUCAGAAAACAAAUCGCAGCGUAACUGUUAAUGACCCAACAAGGGUGGAGUACGUGAGUGCUUACAUUGGUGCUGUGCUUGAUGCUAUCAGGAAUGGCUCCAACACCAAAGGGUAUUUCUUGUGGUCGUUUUUAGAUGGUUAUGAGUUAUUGGAUGCAUUCAAGUCAGCGUACGGCCUAAUUUAUGUGGAUAUGAUCAAUGACAAAGAACUCAAGAGAUAUCCUAAGCUUUCUGCAGAAUGGUUGGUUACCAUGACCAUUUUGUUGCUGUUGUUGUUUCUGGCGAUUUCCGGGGAGGCGAAUUUUACAAGGGAUGAUUUCCCAGAGGACUUUGUUUUUGGAGCUGGAACUUCUGCAUAUCAAGUAGAAGGUGCUGCUUUUGAAGAUGGAAGGCUGGCUAGCAUUUGGGACACUUAUGUUCAUGCUGACAAUGAAUUUACUAGUGUAAACUAUAAUGGGGCCAGUGGAGAUGUAGCAUGUGAUCAAUAUCACAAAUACAAGGAAGAUGUCCAACUCAUGGUUGAUAUUGGUUUAGAAGCCUACAGAUUCUCCAUUUCAUGGGCAAGACUUAUCCCUAAUGGAAACGGCCCGGUAAACCCCAAAGGAUUGGAAUACUACAACAAUCUCAUCAAUGAACUAAUCAAGCAUGGAAUAGAACCUCAUGUCACUUUGUACCACCUGGAUACUCCGCAAGCUCUUGAAGAUGAAUAUAAGGGAUGGCUUAGUCCAAAAAUGGUGAGAGACUUCACCAGCUAUGCUGAUGUUUGCUUCAAGGAAUUUGGAGACAGGGUAUCACACUGGACUACCAUAAAUGAGGCUAAUGUGUUCGCAAUUGGAGGUUAUGACAAUGGACUUACCCCUCCAGGGCGUUGCUCUUCGCCUUUUGGAUUCGUUUGUACUAGGGGUAACUCCUCAACUGAACCAUAUAUUGCUGCUCAUAACAUGUUGCUGGCACACUCCUCUGUUGUAAAGCUGUAUCGAAGAAAGUAUAAGGCCACACAACAUGGUUUUGUGGGACUAAACCUCUUUGCUCCUUGGUUUGCUCCAUCUACUAAUGCUACAGAAGAUGCAGUCGCGACCCAGAGAACUAUAGAUUUUUAUAUUGGCUGGUUUCUCCAUCCUCUGGUGUAUGGAGAAUAUCCAGAAAUCAUUAAGGAGAAUGCUGGAACCAGGCUUCCAGACCUUACGUCGAAUGAAGUAAAGCUUGUAAAGGGCUCAUUUGAUUUCAUAGGCAUGAACCAUUAUUCGACAAUCUAUGUCACGGACGAUCCAAGCAGCUUGAAGUUGAAUAUCAGGGAUGUAAAUGCUGACAUGGGAUCAACCAUAUCAUGGAAGCCUAAUUUUAAACCAUCAGAUCAGGAUAAGAUAGAUUCAUCUGGGCUCUACGAGAUUUUGGAAUAUCUCAAAACAGCUUAUGGAAAUCCAGCUACUUAUGUUCAUGAAAAUGGUCAAGGGACGGCACGCAAUGGAACACUGGAAGAUGCAUCAAGGAUCAAGUACAUAAAGUCAUACAUUGGAUCUUUGCUCGAUGCUGUAAGGGCUGGAUCGAAUUCCAAGGGCUACUUUCUCUGGUCAUUCUUAGACGGAUUUGAAUUGAUGGGAGGGUAUAAGGUAGGAUUUGGUCUGUGCUAUGUCGAUUUGGAUGACAAGCAACUGAGAAGAUAUCCAAAGCUCUCUGCACAAUGGUACUCCAAUUUCCUCAAGGGUAGAAACACCAAAACCGAUAACACGAUCGAAAUUCAGAACACAAAUUCCAUCUCUUCAGCAUCUGAAGCCUCUCAUUAG